AUGAGGGUGAUUAUACGAGACAUCUCGAGAAUAGUGUUGCAGACUCUUAAAGAUCGUAAGCUUUUUGCAAAAUUCUCAAAGUAUGAGUUUUGGCUUAAGUCUGUGGCGUUCUUAGGCCAUGUGAUCUCAGGUGAAGGUGUUAAAGUUGAUUCUCAGAAGAUUGAUGCCGUAAGGAGGUGGUCCAGACUCACCUCAGUUUUUGAUAUAAGAAGUUUCUUGGGUCUGGCAGGCUAUUAUAGACAUUUCGCAGAACGAUUUUCCUCUAUUUCUGCUCCUUUGACUAAGUUGACGCAGAAGAAGGUUAAGUUCCAAUGGUCAGAUGCUUGUGAGCGAAGCUUUGAAGAGUUGAAAAAAGAGAUGCACUAA